UAACGCUAACUUCAGAUUGGUUUAUUUUUACCACACCUCCUCCCGAGUUUAAAAUCUUUUUAUAAGUUUAUUGUACCCAUAAUUUCCAGAGCGUGACCAAAUAAGGUUUUUGUGGCAGAUUAAUUUGAUCCUAGAAUUUGAUUUAGUUCUUUGCGGAAAAUGCAGAAUCCAAAUGAAGACACUGAAUGGAAUGAUGUCCUCCGGGCAAAAGGAAUCAUUCCACAGAAAGAAAAGCAGAUCACUGAAGAUGAAAUUGUUAACAUGUUGGAACAAACCAUUGAACAGAAGCAACAACAAAAUGGAAAGCAACUAUCUGACAUGAAUCUAGAUGAACUUGAUGAAUUGGAAGAUUCUGAAGAUGAAGAAAUUUUAUUGGAAUAUAGAAAUAAAAGGAUAGCUGAAUUACAGGCUAUGGCUUCUAAGGAAAGAUUUGGUUAUGUUAUGGAAAUUUCAGGCCAGGAUUAUGUACAAGAGGUGAAUAAGGCAGGUGAUGGUAUCUGGGUUGUUCUGCAUUUAUACAAACCAGGUAUUCCACUUUGUGCUUUAAUCAAUCAGUACAUGCAAGUAUUGGCUAUGAAGUAUAAAACUGUUAAGUUUUUGAAAUCCAUUUCCACAACAUGUAUACCGAAUUUCCCAGAUAAAAAUUUACCUGGCAUUUUUGUUUACUUCGAAGGAGAUAUUAAGAAGCAACUUGUUGGUGCUUUGGAAUUUAGGGGUCCAAACCUUACUCAAGAUGAAUUUGAGUAUAUUAUUGGAAAGACUGGAGCUAUUCAAACUGAUAUCAAGGAAGAUCCUAAACCAAAAAUUAAGGACAAAAUGUUUGCUGAUUUAGCAGACACUAAUGAUUGGUAAUAAAUAAAAGAUAUUUAAGUUAUUUAUUUUAUAAAAUAUAUUUGAUGAAAGUAAUA